AGAUGCCAUGGUAGUGUUUUGAAGUUGUGUGUAAUUUAGGUUCCGCUGCAAUGUUGGAUUAAUACGAUAGAAAUAGAAGAACUGUAAAGCUGCUGAAAUGCAGGACAAGAAAAUAGCAGUGCGUUCACAGGAUCCAAACCAGCGGCGAGUGUUGGACAGUGCCACGCGCCAACGGCGACUGAAUCGCCAGCUCGAGGCGCUCGAGAAGGAUAACUUCCAGGACGACCCUCACGCGAGCCUCCCCCCACUCAUCAAGCGCCUCCCGCAGUUCGACGAGAAUAAUGAGUCUGGCAAGCGGAGGAAGAAGACACGGGGCGACCAUUUCAAGCAGAGAUUCCGUAAGAAUUUCCAAACGCUGCUUGAGGAAGAAGACCUGAGUGUUAGUGAGGGGCCAAACUAUCUGACUGCAUGUGCUGAGCCUUCUAAGUUCCCUCAGCGUCAUUUCUGUGCUGUGUGUGGCUUCCCCUCCAACUACACCUGUGUGUCAUGUGGAGCGCGAUACUGCUGUGUACGCUGCCUUGGAACGCACCAUGAGACUAGGUGUCUGAAGUGGACUGUGUGAUUGUUUUGUGUUAUCAUGCUCUUGGUAAGAGUGAUUUGUGUUUGUAUAUCCUCUGUCACUGGACAUUUUAAUGUGCAUAAAUGUGUAUCGUGUGCAGUUUCUGAGGGAGGUUUGGGAUCCAGACUGUCAUCUGUACUGACUAUUAAAGGUCCUGUUCGCUCACUGGACUCACACUGUGUGCAUCUUUGACCUGCCAGCAUGAACUGGCCUGAACUCUGAAGACACAUGCAGCUGCUUGCCAGAACUGCGAUGCCCUGUGGCACACUCAACCCACUGAUGAAACCAAGAGUUAAAGAUUAACCAGUAUACUAAAAUGGGGAGGAAUGAUCCAAAUUAGAAGAGUCUAGAUUCUUGGUUAACAGACUGACUCCAGUGGUUUCAGGUUACAAAGCAGGAAACAUCUUUAAAGUGUUUAACAGAAGAGUUGUAGUGGAAAGUUAUAUAGAUGUGACCAUUUUGUAUUUCCUUAAAU